GUGACGUUCCCCAUUUGGCCCAAUAGAAAGUGAUUGUACAUUAGGAUGAAACAGUGGUGCGUUCAAGUUCCCUCGCCACAUGUUUGAGGAAACCGAGCUGAGGCCCGGCCCACGAGCGGCGUCGCGUCAGAGCGCCAUUGUGAGCCGGCGCUCGCUCCGUUCUGUCGGGGUGUCAUCUGUGCUCAUGCACUCCUUUUUUCUCUGCCCUCCUUUCCUCUCUCUCUUUCCCUCCCUCCCUCCCUCAUCUUUGUGAAAUGACUUAUUCUCGCAGACAGACACACAAGCACUCAAAGAGAAUGGACUAAAAGCAAAAACGCCUUUUUCAUCCAGAGGAUUCUUUCCCUUUUUUUUCCCUCCACAAUAAUUUUCACUUUGCGUCAAGCUUGAAUCUCUUCAAAUCACCUUUUUUUCCCUCUGCAUCUCUUUUUCUCCAUCAGUUCCAUUCUCUCGCGUCCUGUGAAUUAUCCACCCAGUGGUUUAUUUGUUGUCUCGUUUCGUCCUUUCAUCUGAGGAAAUGUCAUAUCCGAGCACUCGUACGUCAUCGACUUCCUCGCAUCUGAGUCGCUGUUUAUUUUGCGUUUUGGUGAUGUAAUUUUGCAAUACCUUGUUUUGAAAUAUAAGGGAUUAUUCACGAAUAAGCUUUUGGCAAGAAAAACAGACAACAAGAUUGCUCAAAAGAAUUGAGCUGAUAACUGAAUAGUAACUGGAUAAUUUGGAGUGUGUGUGUUUGUGUGUGUGUGUGUGUGUGUGUGUGUGUGUGUGUGUGAGUAAGAACUACAGAGAAGCACAGACAGAUUCAUAGUAAAUUAACGCAAACCACAAAACUCAUUUCCUUAUCCAUCCUCUCUUUAUUUCUAUUUUCCUUUUAUGUUUCCAUCGUCCCUUUUUUCUUCCUGAAGGAGAUUUAACGCCUCUGCUCUUCAUCACAUGCAGAUAAUGGGAAGUGGGACUUUUGAGCAGCCGUCACCACGAUAAAGGCAUUCUGGAUUGAGCUGUUUUCCUGAGGAAUUACCCUUUAAAUCCUGGAUUUGAUUCCAAGCAAAAAAAAAACAAAUUAACAUAAUUAUUUAUUAUAACUGUCCUAAAUCAGGGACUUUUUGACUUUUUGUAAUGGACUGAAGCUGAUUGCAAUAUUCCUUUUUUCAGCCAUGAAUCUUAAUGGGAUUUCACUAACGCGGAUUAAAGACUCAAGCCACAUCUUUGUCUAUUAGUUGAUGUAACAGCCGGCCUACAAAAUCCAUUACAUUUAAUGUUUCCUAAUGUUAAGGGUUAAGUAGACUGGCGGACGUCAGACACACAAGCGGCGCCCAACCACUCUUCGGAGGAGCGAGGGGGGGGAACGGAAGCUGCUCCCGUGGAGUACAAUUACCUUCCAAAUUGCUGCUUUACCCUCUUGACCCAUCAAGGAUUUUACCUAAAACUGCUUUGAGCCUCCCUCAGUCUGAGGAUAUGAGAGGGAGAGAGGAGUCCCAGGCCGCACCAUCAUGCUACUUCUGAGACGCCGGGAUGAGACUUUGGCUGGCGAAACACAAGGUAUUACUCCCCCCCUCCUCCACGAUGCCUGCCUGCGGCGGCCGCAGCCCCUCUUUGCCUCGGGGCCGAGCGGGGGCCCCCGUCUCCCCGGCCCCGUCGCUUGCCCAGCAGCGAGAGAGGGGGGACGGACCCCUGCAUCCCCCCCAGCCUCCGUCGCUGCGGCGCUACACCGACGCCUCCCACCGCCUCUCCCUUCUCCUCCUGCUGCUCUGCCUCCUCCACCUGCCCCCCGCCUGCCACUCACGGAGAGAGGGCGGCCCGGGCGGGGGCGGCGGUGGCGGCCACUACGUCCCCAUCCCCCAGCCCCCGCCCCACCACAUGGCCCUGCCCAACAUCCUGCGCGGCCUCAGCAUCGCCGUCGUCCUGGUGGGGAACUCCAGCGAGGUGGCGCUGGCCGGGGCCCGCGAGAAGGAGGACUUCCUCCACAUGGCGCCCAACGUGGAGGUGCUGACCAUGAAUGAGACGGACCCCAAGAGCAUCAUCAAGAGCAUCUGCGACCUCAUGACGGAUCACUGGCUGCAGGGGGUGGUCUUCGGGGACGACACCGACCAGGAGGCCAUCGCCCAGAUCCUCGACUUCAUUUCGGCCCAGACCCACAUCCCCAUCCUCGGAGUGCGGGGGGGCUCCUCCAUGAUCAUGGCCGCCAAGGAUGACGACUCCAUGUUCUUCCAGUUUGGCCCCUCCAUCGAGCAGCAGGCCUCGGUCAUGCUGAACAUCAUGGAGGAGUACGACUGGUACAUCUUCUCCAUCGUCACCACGUACUACCCGGGGUACCAGGACUUUGUCACCAAGGUCCGCAGCACCAUAGAGAACAGCUUUGUGGGCUGGGAACUGGAGGAGGUUCUGCUGCUGGACAUGUCGGUGGAUGACGGAGAUUCGAAGAUCCAGAACCAGCUGAAGAAGCUCCAGAGCCCCGUCAUUCUUCUCUACUGCACUAAGGAGGAGGCCAACACCAUCUUCGAGGUGGCCCACUCUGUGGGGAUCACGGGCUACGGCUACACGUGGAUAGCCCCCUCGCUGGUAGCAGGAGACACCAUCGUGGUGCCGGCAGAGUUCCCCACAGGGCUGCUCUCCGUGUCCUACGACGAGUGGGACUACGGCCUGGAGGCCCGCGUCCGCGACGGCGUGGCCAUCAUCACCAUGGCAACCUCCACCAUGAUGAUGGACCGCGGACCUCACACCCUGCUGAAGUCCGAGUGCCACGGGGCUCCGGACAAGAAGACCCCCAUCUCAGGCAACCCCAACGAAGUGCUCAGGUACCUGAUGAAUGUGACGUUCGAGGGGCGGAACCUGUCGUUCAGCGAGGACGGAUACCAGAUGCACCCCAAGCUGGUCAUCAUUCUGCUCAACAAGGAGAGGCAGUGGGAGAGGGUGGGUAAGUGGGAGAACGGCUCCCUGUCCAUGAAGUACCACGUGUGGCCUCGCUAUGAACUCUACGGGGGCGCGGCCAACCGGGAGGACGACCACCUGUCCAUCGUGACGCUGGAGGAGGCUCCGUUCGUCAUCGUGGAAGACGUGGAUCCGCUCAGCGGGACGUGCAUGAGGAACACGGUGCCCUGUCGGAAGCAGCUCAAAACACUCAAUCAGACGAAGGACUCUGGGAUCUACAUAAAGCGUUGCUGUAAGGGGUUCUGCAUCGACAUCCUGAAGAAGAUUGCCAAGCAGGUGAAGUUCACCUACGACCUUUACCUGGUCACUAACGGCAAACACGGCAAGAAGAUCAAUGGAACGUGGAACGGCAUGGUGGGAGAGGUGGUGUUAAAAAACGCCCACAUGGCCGUUGGCUCUUUGACCAUCAACGAGGAGAGGUCAGAGGUCAUCGACUUUUCCGUCCCCUUCAUCGAGACGGGCAUCAGCGUCAUGGUCUCCCGUAGCAGCACAGUUUCACCUUCGGCCUUCUUAGAGCCCUUCAGCGCCGAUGUGUGGGUGAUGAUGUUCGUGAUGCUGUUGCUGGUGUCAGCAAUGGCUGUGUUUAUAUUCGAGUACUUCAGCCCUGUGGGCUACAACCGCUGUCUGGCUGACGGCAAAGAGCCCCACGGCCCGUCCUUCACCAUCGGCAAGGCCAUCUGGCUGCUCUGUCUGGUCUUUAACAACUCUGUGCCGGUGCAGAACCCCAAAGGCACCACCAGCAAGAUCAUGGUGUCGGUGUGGGCCUUCUUCGCUGUCAUCUUCUUGGCCUCCUACACUGCCAACCUGGCUGCUUUCAUGAUCCAGGAGGAGUAUGUGGACCAGGUAACUGGUCUCUCAGACAAGAAGUUCCAGAGUCCCAACGACUUCUCGCCUCCGUUUCGGUUUGGCACCGUGCCAAACGGGAGCACGGAGAGAAACAUCAGGAACAACUACCCAGAGAUGCACGGCUACAUGACCAAGUUCCAUCAGAGGAACGUCAACGAGGCGCUGCAGAGUCUCAAGGCCGGCAAACUAGACGCUUUCAUUUACGACGCGGCCGUACUCAACUACAUGGCCGGCCGGGACGAGGGCUGCAAGCUGGUGACCAUCGGCAGCGGCUACAUCUUCGCCACCACGGGGUACGGCAUCGCCAUCCAGAAGGAAUCGCUCUGGAAGAGGCACGUGGACCUGGCCAUCCUCCAGCUCUUUGGAGACGGUGAGAUGGAGGAGCUGGAGUCCCUGUGGCUGACGGGGAUCUGCCACCACGAGAAGAACGAGGUGAUGUCCAGCCAGCUGGAUGUGGACAACAUGGCCGGCGUCUUCUACAUGCUCGGUGCCGCCAUGGCGCUGUCGCUCAUCACCUUCAUCUGUGAGCACUGGUUCUACUGGCAGCUGCGCUUCUGCUUCAUGGGCGUCUGCUCCGGCCAGCCGGGCUUCGUCUUCUCCAUCAGCAGGGGCAUCUACAGCUGCAUCCACGGGGUGCAGAUAGAGGAGAAGAGCAGCUCGGCGCUGAACUCGCCGUCGGCCACCAUGAACAACACCCAUUCCAACAUCAUGCGCCUGCUGCGCACCGCCAAGAACAUGGCCUCCCUGUCGGGGGUGAACGGCUCGCCGCACAGCGCUCUGGACUUCAUCCGCCGCGACUCGUCCGUCUACGACAUCUCCGAGCACCGGCGCAGCCUGGCGGGCCACUCGGACUGCAAGGCGCCGUACCCCCCGGAGGACAACAUGUUCAGCGACUACAUCAGCGAGGUGGAGAGGACGUUCGGCAACCUGCACCUCAAGGACAGUAACCUGUACCAGGACCACUACCUGCACCACCACGGCUCCACGCUCGGGCUCAGCGGGCCGCUCGCCAACCGGCCCCACAGUCUGGGCAGCGCCAGUUCUCAGGAGGGGGGCAUGUUUGACUGCGACAGCCUGGGCGGAGGGGUGGCCCCUAUUUUCACCACCCAGCCCUGCUCGGCACUGACCCACAGGAACAUGAGCAAGUUUGACCUGCUGUCCGGACAGACUCCGCCCCCAGGCCAGGGCUUCAAAGGAGGGCUUCCGGACCUGUACGGGAAGUUCUCCUUCAAGGGCGGCGCCUCGAGCUCCACCUUUGUGCCGGGCCAUGGCUACUGCGGCGGGAGAGGAGACGACGAGGGGAACAUCCGGUCCGACGUGUCGGACAUUUCCACGCACACAGUGACUUAUGGGAACCUGGAGGGCAACGCCAAGAAGCGCAAACAAUACCGCGAUAGCCUGAAGAAGAGGCCGGCCUCCGCCAAGUCCAGGCGGGAGCUGGACGAGAUCGAGCUGGGCUACAGGAGGAAACCCUACCACAUCAGCCACCACCACUACCACGGCCGCCGCUCCACCUCCCCGCCGCUCUUGGCCCCCGAGCGCAAGAGAGGAGGGAACAACGACGGCAACGCCUACCUCUUCAGAGAAAAGGAGAGCGUCAGGGAUUUUUAUUUGGACCAGUUUCGUCCCAAAGAGGGCGUCCCCCAGUGGGAGCACGUGGACCUGACGGAGGGCCCCGGGAGCAGAGACGGAGGAGUGGGGACCUGCACCACCCUUGUUCCGGUGGACGACUUCCUUAAGAGCAAACCCAAAAAGUCUGAUUCAAAGAGCGGGGGAGGAUCUGGGCUAGCAGGAGGAGAGUGGGAGUGCAGGAACUGUCGGGCCAGCGGGGGAGGGUUGAGCAAGCAGAUGUCCAUGCACGGAGGCGGGGGAGGCGGGGGCUACGGCGGCGGCAUGAGCUGCGGCUCCUCCGGAGGCGGAGGAAACAGCCGCCCCAGCUCCGCCACCUGCAUGCGCUGCGAGGGCUGUAAAAAGACGGGGAACCUCUACGACAUCAGCGAGGACAACAACCACCUCUUGGAACAGAUGGGGGGGGGGAGCGGUGGGGGAGGCGGGGGCAUGGGCGCGGGCCCCCAGUCUCAACCUCAGGGCCAGCAGAGGAGGAAGAGCGGCGGCUUCGGCAAACCGCUGAGGCGGCAGCACUCGUACGACGCAUUCGUCGACCUUCAGAAGGAGGAGUGCGGCGGGAUGGGGAGCCUGAUGGGGGGCCUCGGGGGCCUCGGAGGGAUGGGCGGCGCCGGCAUGGGAGGGAUGCUGCCCCCGCCCAGGAGCGUCAGCUUGAAGGAGAAAGAACGCUACAUGGAGGGCACCAGCCCCUUCGCGCACAUAUUUGAGCGGCACGGGGGCUCGGAGAGGGAGCGGGAGCGGGACCCCUUGUUUUACGGGGGCGAGGGCCGGAAGGGCAACGGCUCGUCGUUCGGCCUGCUCCGCGGCGGCGAGGGCCUCCACCGCCGCUCCAUCGGAGAGAGAGACAUGCGAGACCGAGAUAGGGCUUUGAUGGAAGGAGGAGGAGGGGGAGGGUUCUCUCUCUCCAAAUCCCUUUACCCGGACAGGGUAAACCACAACCCCUUUAUUCCCACCUUUGGUGACGACCAGUGUCUGAUGCACGGCGCCAAACAAUAUUACAUGAAGAAGCAGCAGCAGCAGCAGCAGCAGCAGCAGGUUGCCAAAAACAGCCGCAGUGACUUCAGGAGCCAGAUGAGCACGACGUCAUACCUGCCGGCGUCCGCCACAGCCGGGGUGAUGUCCAACGUGACCCCGCGGUUCCCGAAGGAGCUCAGCCUGGGUGGGAUGAACCACCACGGCUCCAUGCUGGGGGUCGGCCCCCAGCGUCCCUUCAAUGGAAGCAAUGGCCAUGUGUACGAGAAACUCUCCAGCAUUGAGUCUGACGUGUGAGAGCAAGCAGAGGAGGAGGAGGAGGAGGAGCGGACGUUUGGGGGGGGGGGGGGGGGGCAUGUAGUGUUAGGAGAUCAGGGAUGACUUUAAAGACACUGUCCACACACUGCAACCCUAGCCCAUGUUGGGACAGCGCGGCGAGGAAGACGGGAGAGAGGCUGUCGACAAAGUGAACUGAGAGGGAAAAGGGAAAGACGGGACCCUCACAACGCGGCCAGCGGGGCGUUCCCCUCUGAGUCCAUCACUGCCCCCGGCGGCGAGGUAGGAGCCCACGUACUUCUUGGCGACACCUCGCCUUGGCUUUGAUGUUGGACGCGCGAGGCUGGUGCGAUGUGACGGCCUGAGAGCCCCGCUGAGGAAACACGGCCAGAACCAGUGGCCCAUCUGCCCCUGUGUCACGGCGGAAAGAGGACGUUUCACAGGCAGAUGACUGGUGCAGCUCUCUCUCUCUCUCUCUCCCUCCCUCUCUGUCUCUCUCUUUCUCUGGAAGGCCCGGCCCGACUCACCCCUCCUCCGUCCUGCACUCUUCUCCUUUUACCCCCCGUCCCAUCUCCUCCUCCUCCUCCUCCUUUCCAUCCCCAACGCCAAAAGAGCUGAUCUUCGUAUGCUAUGAGAAAUACAAUCAUGAAUGAUAAUAAGAUAUUCUUACAGAAGGAGAAAAAACAGGGUAUAAGAACAACAAUAAUAAUGAUAACAUUGUGAAUAACAAAGACUAUGAUAUCAUAAGCUUUUCUUGUUUUUUGUUCCGUUGGUAUAAUCUUUCACUAGUGUUUUAGUAUCUUGUAUCCUGUCCACGCCGAGUGGCAGCAGGAAGGUUGUUUUUAUUUCAACCAAAAAGCCAGAAAGACUGAAGUCCUUAACUCCCUUUUUUUCUUUUUUUACCGUGUUCUGUAGAAUAUUUUACCCCAUGCGCAUACAUUUAUUUGCCGCUAGUGGGAACACCGGAUCUGGCGGACAGAUUUAGAGCCGCCAAAUCCUCCUUUGAUGUUUGAAGUUACAAAUGAAAUGCACACACACACACUCACACACACACACACACUCACUCACUACACUUAAAACACAUGCAGAUUUUGUGAGUCUGGACUUGUUUUACUGUGAACGGUGCGAGCCGAAGACACCGAGAGGAAGGACGUGCCUUAAUGGUCUCCAGUGGACGUGUCCUUGCACCAGGCCGCUCGGUGUCCUCUACGUUUAACGGCCGGGUUCAGGCGCGUCGAGGCCAGAUGCCGUCACAUCAUUUUGUAUUUUUCAGGACGUUUCGGACGGACCGACGCAUCGCGCUUCACAGCCCGGCAGCCUUCAGACCGCUUCGUUUCAUUCAGGUUACACGACACCAGUCACAAGGCACUCGCUGUUUUUUUCCGG